CCGACAAAAGUCACUCAUGCGGGUGCUGGGUUGUUUUGCUAAAGCACUAUCCUUGCUAGCAGCCUCGGUCAACCAGAAAUUAAUUUUCGCAUUUUUCGAUUGUUGAAGUUUUCAAUGACAUCGUAUCACAUCACAUAGGUCAUAAAUCGUAGGAAGUCAGACUGAGAUAUCUUGUCAUUUCAGUGUAGUUUCCCAAGUGAUUCCCAGCAUGACUUCUCGUCGUCCGGACAGCUUUGAGGGCUUGGGUUACAGGGGCAGAGAGGAUCCGUCAUUCAGCGGGGGCUAUUCGGGCAGGUCAUUCAAUAAUUCAUCUAGCUCUGACCUCCAGCACUGGGUCACCACACCUCCAGAUAUACCUGGCAGCAGAAACCUGCAUUUUGACGAUCGCACACCCCAAUUUGAGACGGCACCUGCCCCACCUGGAGCAGCAGACGAAGCCCAAUCAGCGACUCCACCGUCCGAACAGCUGAACAGAUUUGCUGGGUUUGGGAUAGGUCUUGCAAGCCUCUUCACAGAAAAUGUCCUGGCACAUCCCUGCAUUGUGUUUCGACGUCAGUGUCAGGUAGGGUAUUUGAUAUUUGCUUGUCACUUGUCCAUUGAAGCAUCCCCCCCUCUCUCUCUCACACACACAUACACACAGGGUCCAAAGGCUUUAUGGAAAGGAAUGGGCAGCACUUUUGUGGUACAGGGGGUCACGCUGGGAACAGAGGGCAUCAUUAGCGAAUGCUCACCUUUACCAAGGGAGUUAUCACACAAGUGGAACCCUAAACAAGUUGUGGGACACUUAGUACUCAAAGGUUUGACAUAUGUGGUUGCAAUGCCGUUUUACUCAGCAAGUCUCAUAGAGACUGUACAGAGUGAAAUAAUCCGAGACAACCCCGGCAUCCUGGACUGUGUGAAAGAGGGUAUCGGGCGUGUAAUGGGGAUGGGAGUGCCUCACAGCAAGCGUCUCCUUCCCCUCUGGAACCUGGUGUUCCCCACGGUUCUCCAUGGUGUCCUCCACUAUGUUAUCAGUUCCAGCAUACAGCGGCUGGUUCUUUACCUGCUGCAGCGUCGGAACAACGGCUCACCAAAGCACUCGUCCCCUGACUCGCAAACCGACGCAGUCCAGUCUAUGCUGGAUGCAUACUUCCCUGAGCUCAUGGCCAGCUUUGCUGCCAGCCUGUGCGCAGAUGUGCUGCUGUUUCCUUUGGAAACGGUGUUGCACAGGCUGCAUAUCCAGGGAACGCGCACUAUCAUCGACAACACUGACCUGGGUUUCGAAGUGUUGCCAAUUAACACGCAGUAUGAAGGAAUGAGGGACUGUAUUAAUUCCAUUCGGCGUGAGGAGGGCACCAUGGGCUUCUACAAAGGCUUCGGCUCCAUCGUGGUGCAGUACUCGCUUCACGCCGCAGUUCUGCAGAUCACCAAGAUGAUCUACUCAACGCUGCUGCGAAACACUUAAAUAGAAUGAUUCGGAAAACAUAGAUUCUUUCCUAAUUCACUGAAAGGUCCUUUUUGGUUGAGUUGGACUUUCCAAAAAUGUGUCCUAAUAUGAAUUGAUUAUUGCGGACAUUUUGAGGUUCUCUUUACCUCUUCCUGUGAUUUGUCAGUUUCAUAAAGCACAGGUUGUCUUGUUGAUUGCACGACACAUUUAUGCAAAAUAGUCAAUAUGCUUUCACAUUUGCACUGGAUUUAAAUUGUUAUUAUGGUGACCCCCAACUAUCCAUCAGCGUCAUUAUAUUCCUGUAUGGUUUUCUCCAUUUCGUCAAUGGCCACUAAGUUUCAUAAUGUGGUGUGUGAAUGUGAUUGUUUAUUUGGCAACAUUGUGCCAUGUUCUUAAAGAAAUUAUAUCAUUAAAUUGUUAUUUGCACUUUAGUGAAACUUGUGCCAGUGUUUCAAACAGUGAAAAUGUUUCUAUUUGUCAGGUGUAACAUGAUAUAAGAGAUUAAAAAUGCAGUUCUUUGAAUUGGAAGCCAUUAUGUACACAAUAAUGCAUGUGUAGAUCUAAUCUGGUUCUUGGGUGAGUAAAUGAUCAAGUUCUUAUUUAUUGGGCACCAUGCUUAAA